GGGCUGACCCUCAAUCAUUAUGCGGUUGGUAAACGUUUCCAUAAGCGUCGCAGUUGCCUGUUGGCCAAACCUUUUUAUAUCUAUUUCCUUCUGAAUUCGAGUGCAAAUUGCCAUCAUCUCAAACAUCAGACUGUGUGCAAUUCAUUUCCCACUUGCUUCAAAGAUUUCAGCACCGUCCGCACCUGUUCUGUCUCUGCUUUCUCAAAGCACACUCCCCUACACAUCUUGUGCCCUCCUUCUACGACGAACCACAAAUCCAAGCCUCGCCGCAAGUCAAGUCCUCAGUCCCGUCCCACAUUUAGACCACUGCCGACCCUAGGCUACACCGCAACGUCAAGCUUCUUCAUCCAGUAUGUCUCAUGAGCAGCAGUCAAGUGGAGACCAGGCAGCAGAGGAAGACUGGACCAGAAUUCAAGAUCCUGAGGAACGGCGAAGGAUGCAGAACAGGAUAUCACAGAGGCGAUACAGGCAAAGGACUAGGGAUGAGCAAGAGAACAACGAGCGGCGUAUGGUCAACCAAGAGCACGCUGGGUCUUCUUACAACCCGGCCGAUCCCGGAGACCUAGAAAGAUAUCCUCGAGAGUAUUCCGGUAUUCCUUGGGGUGGCGUUUCUGUACGGUAUGCAGCGGAGUCAGGGCGAGUGAAUGAGCAAAACUCGCAACAUAGCUCACGGGAAGCAUCUGUCUACACCGCGGGAUCAGGCACAGGAGGAGGUGGGCACUAGACUUGCCCCGCAGACUUGAUACGUCUGACCGGUCGAUUGUCUGGGGGCGGACCUUGACCUUGACCCACCCCAAGCUUGGCCCACUCAAGCAAUCUACCAGCCCUAGUGCUUGCUUCCCUCACCCGGCACGUUCGUUUUACAACUUGAUGCAAUGCAGGUUGGGGUGCUCAUGAGCACAUUUCUUAGCGUA